CUUCUUUGGUUAUGGGCGUGGGGGAGUCUGUGAAGACGUAAACAUCUUCAAGUAGAGACAGUAGGAUGGCUGGUGCUGGCCAUUUUAAUGACUGGUUGGCCACGGGGAAGAAGCUUGUUUGACAUGUAGCAAGGCGAGAAGCUCCGGCCCUCGUCACCGCCGUCCCUCCGCUGGUGACGCCCCCGCAAAGGCUUCGCCGUCGCCGAGGCCUCCUUUCAGCGACUCGUCGCAACUGGAUUCUCUUUCACUGGGUUCCUCCAGCACACCGCAACCAUUGACGCCAUGUCGAGUUAUUCUAGUGACCGAGACCGCGGCCGGGAUCGAGGGUUUGGUGCACCUCGAUUUGGAGGGAGUAGAACAGGACCCCUAUCUGGAAAGAAGUUUGGAAAUCCUGGGGAGAAACUAGUUAAAAAGAAGUGGAAUCUUGAUGAGCUGCCCAAAUUUGAGAAGAAUUUUUAUCAGGAACACCCUGAUUUGGCAAGGCGCACCGCACAAGAGGUAGAUACGUACAGAAGAAGCAAGGAAAUUACAGUCAGAGGUCACAACUGUCCAAAACCUGUUCUGAAUUUUUAUGAAGCAAACUUUCCUGCAAAUGUCAUGGAUGUGAUUGCAAGGCAGAACUUCACUGAACCCACUGCUAUCCAAGCUCAGGGCUGGCCAGUUGCUCUCAGUGGAUUGGAUAUGGUUGGAGUAGCUCAGACUGGAUCUGGGAAAACAUUAUCUUAUUUGCUGCCUGCCAUUGUACACAUAAACCACCAGCCAUUCUUAGAGAGAGGUGAUGGGCCUAUUUGCUUGGUGCUGGCACCAACUCGAGAACUGGCACAGCAGGUGCAGCAGGUCGCUGCUGAAUAUUGUAGAGCUUGUCGCUUGAAGUCUACUUGCAUCUAUGGUGGUGCUCCCAAAGGACCGCAGAUUCGUGAUUUGGAGAGAGGUGUGGAAAUCUGUAUUGCAACACCUGGAAGACUGAUUGACUUUUUAGAGUGUGGGAAAACCAAUCUGAGAAGAACAACUUACCUUGUCCUUGAUGAAGCUGAUAGGAUGCUUGAUAUGGGCUUUGAACCCCAAAUAAGGAAAAUUGUGGAUCAAAUAAGACCUGAUAGGCAAACACUAAUGUGGAGUGCAACUUGGCCAAAAGAAGUAAGACAGCUUGCUGAAGAUUUCCUGAAAGACUAUAUUCAUAUCAAUAUUGGUGCACUGGAACUGAGUGCAAACCAUAACAUUCUUCAGAUUGUGGAUGUGUGUCAUGAUGUCGAAAAGGAUGAAAAACUUAUUCGUCUGAUGGAAGAGAUCAUGAGUGAGAAGGAGAAUAAAACCAUUGUUUUUGUUGAAACCAAAAGAAGAUGUGAUGAACUUACCAGAAAAAUGAGGAGAGAUGGGUGGCCUGCCAUGGGCAUCCAUGGUGACAAGAGUCAACAGGAACGAGACUGGGUUCUAAAUGAAUUCAAACAUGGAAAAGCUCCUAUUCUGAUUGCUACCGAUGUGGCCUCCAGAGGGCUAGAUGUGGAAGAUGUGAAAUUUGUCAUCAAUUAUGACUACCCUAACUCCUCAGAGGAUUAUAUUCAUCGAAUUGGAAGAACUGCUCGCAGUACCAAAACAGGCACAGCAUACACUUUCUUUACUCCCAAUAACAUAAAGCAAGUGAGCGACCUCAUCUCUGUGCUUCGGGAAGCCAAUCAAGCAAUUAAUCCCAAGUUGCUUCAGUUGGUCGAAGACAGAGGUUCAGGUCGUUCCAGGGGUAGAGGAGGCAUGAAGGAUGAUCGUCGUGACAGAUACUCUGCAGGGAAAAGGGGUGGAUUUAAUACCUUUAGAGACAGGGAAAACUAUGACAGAGGCUACUCUAGUCUGCUUAAGAGAGAUUUUGGGGCUAAAACUCAGAAUGGUGUUUACAGUGCUGCAAAUUACACCAAUGGGAGCUUUGGAAGUAAUUUUGUAUCUGCUGGCAUACAGACCAGUUUUAGGACUGGUAACCCAACAGGGACUUACCAGAACGGUUAUGAUAGCACUCAGCAAUAUGGAAGUAAUGUUGCAAAUAUGCACAAUGGGAUGAACCAACAGGCAUAUGCAUAUCCUGCUACCGCAGCUGCUGCGCCUAUGAUUGGCUAUCCAAUGCCAACAGGGUAUUCUCAAUAAGACUUUAGAAGUAUAUGUAAAUGUCUGUUUUUCAUAAUUGCUCUUUAUAUUGUGUGUUAUCAGACAAGAUAGUUAUUUAAGAAACAUGGGAAAUGCAGAAAUGACUGCAGUGCAGCAGUAAUUAUGGUGCACUUUUUUCGCUAUUUAAGUUGGAUAUUUCUCUACAUUCCUGAAACAAUUUUUAGGUUUUUUUUGUACUAGAAAAUGCAGGCAGUGUUUUCACAAAAGUAACUGUACAGUGAUUUCAAAUACAAUAAAUGAAGGCAAUGCAUGGCCUUCCAAUAAAAGAUAUUUGAAGACUGAA